GCACUUCUUGGGACAGGGAGUCAAGUGAAAUGCGCUAUAAGAGGCUUCAGCAUUUAUUGGAAAAAAGCAACAUCUAUUCCAAGUUCUUGUUAACCAAAAUGGAACAGCAGCAACUAGAGGAACAAAGGAGGAAAGAGAAGUUAGAAAAAAAGAGAGAGAUAUUGUUAAAAUCUGCUAAGGGUCAAAAUCUAGUUGAUGACAAAGAGGAUAAAUCAGGUGCAAAAAGGAAGAGAGGGAGAGAAGAUGGGAUGUACAACAUCUCGGAAAUUAUGUCCAAAGAGGAAAUAUUAUCAGUGGCAAAAAAAAGUAAACCGGAAUAUGAGGAUGAAAGCUCUUCUGGCAACCUGUGUCCAGAAGACCUGCAGAAAAUUGGAGACUCAAAUAGUGUCAUUAAGGAUAGAUUGUGUCAAGCUGUACGACACGGUGCCAAGCAAUUUCUUGAUCCAGUACGGAAAUUUAAUGGACAACCAGUGCCUUUUCAGCAGCCAAAGAUUUUUGCUGGAGGUGUAAUGAGGUGGUACCAAGUGGAAGGCAUGGAGUGGCUGAGGAUGCUUUGGGAAAAUGGUAUCAAUGGCAUUUUAGCUGAUGAAAUGGGGUUGGGGAAGACAAUCCAGUGUAUUGCGACAAUAGCACUGAUGGUGGAGCGAGGAGUCCCUGGUCCAUUCUUAGUAUGUGGUCCUUUGUCUACUCUUCCAAAUUGGAUGUCUGAAUUCAAGAGAUUUACUCCAGAGAUUCCACUAAUGCUCUAUCAUGGAGCUCAACAGGAACGUCGUAAACUGGUUCGUAAAAUUCAGAGGCGGCAAGGAUCAUUGCAGAUCUAUCCUGUGGUCAUCACUUCCUUUGAAAUAGCAAUGCGAGACAGAAAUGCCCUGCAGCACUGUUUCUGGAAAUACCUGAUAGUAGAUGAAGGUCACAGGAUUAAAAAUAUGAACUGUCGUCUUAUCAGAGAACUGAAACAAUUUAAUGCAGACAAUAAACUCUUGUUGACUGGUACUCCCCUGCAAAACAACUUGGCAGAGCUUUGGUCAUUGCUUAACUUCCUGUUGCCAGAUGUGUUUGAUGAUCUUAAAAGCUUUGAAUCCUGGUUUGAUAUUACCAGCAUUACAGAAACUGCCGAAGAUAUUGUUGCUAAGGAAAGGGAGCAAAACAUCUUGCAUAUGCUGCAUCAGAUUCUGACACCUUUCUUACUAAGAAGACUGAAGUCUGAUGUUGCUCUUGAGGUUCCUCCUAAACGAGAAGUUGUGGUAUAUGCACCGCUGUCAAAGAAGCAAGAAACUUUCUAUACUGCCAUUGUAAAUCGCACCAUUAGGAAACUGCUUGGAAAUAAUGAGGAAGAAGUAGUUGAGUUGAGUCCUACAGGCCGACCAAAACGCCGUAGUCGAAAACUGGUUAAUUAUUGUGAAGAACGUAAUGGUUCGUCUGAUGACUUGGAAAAAUUGAUCAGCAAAAUGCAAGAGGAAGUAGAAAAAGAGAGGCCAGUGGUAGAUGUGAGCAUUCCCAUGGAUUCUGAGGUGAACCUUAAACUGCAGAAUAUUAUGAUGUUACUGAGGAAAUGUUGUAAUCACCCCUAUCUGAUUGAAUAUCCACUGGACCCUGCUACACAACAAUUCAAGGUUGAUGAAGAUCUAGUAAAAAAUUCAGGCAAGUUUCUACUCUUGGACCGAAUGCUUCCCGAGCUAAAAAAGAGAGGACAUAAGGUCUUGUUGUUCUCGCAAAUGACCAUGAUGCUUGACAUUUUGAUGGAUUACUGCUAUCUGAGAAACUUCAAAUUUAGUCGAUUGGAUGGCUCUAUGUCCUACUCGGAGAGAGAAGAAAAUAUGCAUCAAUUUAAUACUGACCCUGAAGUCUUCUUGUUCUUAGUGAGCACAAGAGCUGGAGGCUUGGGCAUUAACUUAACUGCGGCAGACACAGUUAUCAUAUAUGAUAGUGACUGGAAUCCCCAGUCAGACUUGCAGGCCCAAGACAGGUGUCACAGAAUUGGCCAGACAAAGCCGGUGGUUGUUUAUCGUCUUGUGACAGCAAAUACUAUUGACCAGAAGAUUGUGGAGAGAGCUGCUGCCAAAAGGAAGCUGGAGAAGUUGAUUAUCCACAAAACUUACAAUACAAAGGGAACAAACUUCAGCAUCCACCAUCUAACUUUAUUUACAAUGUUUUUACUAUCAGUUUAAAGGUGGCAAAUCUGGUCUAGCACAGUCAAAAAGCUGCCUGGACCCUCAGGAAUUAAUAGAAUUACUGAAAUCCAGAGACUAUGAGAGGGAGGUUAAAGGA